AAUUUCUCCAAGAAUUAAACGAACAACAAAAACAAGCGGUCUAUGAGGAACACCCGCGAAUAUGCGUGAUUGCUGGACCGGGUUGUGGAAAAACUAAAACGCUAGUCAGUCGCCUUAUUUAUUUAUUAACUAGUCAAAAAGCCCAACCCCAAAAUAUUCUGGUUUUAACUUUUGCCAAGAAAGCAAUUAAAGAAAUAAAAAAACGAGUUUUUUCUCAUAUUACCACGGCUUCCCCGACAGUAAAUUCCCAGUUUAUGACCGCCACGAGCAAGAAGUCAUCGUCCGCAAAAUACUCUAUCAGAACAAUUGCAAUGCGGAAAAAAAGGAGAUAA